CGCUCCACUCCCUCAUACACAACCGCCUCAGUUCUCUUCUGAGUGAAAAUGGCUCUGCUACUAGUCUCUUUCAUACUUGCUCUCGCCCUCAUUUCCACUAGUCCUGCCUUUGCUGUUGCACCUAAGCCUCUUGAAGGACUUUUGGCCAAUGGAAAUUUUGAAGAACCACCACACCCAAGCAGCCUCAAGAAAACAGUACUCAUAGGCAAAAAUCCACUGCCCAAAUGGGAAAUCAAUGGCUUUGUGGAGUACAUCUCCGGCGGGCCUCAACCGGGCGGCAUGUUCUUUGCUGUAGCUCAUGGUGACCAUGCAGUUAGGCUUGGUAAUGAGGCGUCAAUCUCUCAGACCAUAAAGGUCAAACCAGGGUCACUAUAUGCCCUAACAUUCGCGGCAUCGAGAACUUGUGCACAAGAAGAGGUUUUGAGGGUAUCAGUGCCUCCUCAGGCAGGAGACCUUCCUUUGCAGACUCUAUACAGCAGUAAUGGAGGCGAUACCUAUGCUUGGGGAUUCAUAGCCAAAUCUAACACUGUUAAAGUGACUUUCCACAAUCCUGGAAUUCAAGAAGACCCUGCUUGUGGUCCACUCUUGGAUGCAGUUGCUAUCAAGGAGCUUGCCCCUGCACUACCCACCAGAGGUAAUCUGGUCAGAAAUCCUGGGUUUGAGGAGGCACCCCAUAGAUUAUUUAACUCUUCCCAUGGUGUACUCCUUCCUCCAAAACAACUAGAUGAAACAUCCCCACUUCCUGGCUGGAUCAUCGAGUCCCUCAAAGCCGUAAAGUUCAUCGAUGCCAAGCACUUUAAUGUCCCAUUUGGAAAGGGUGCAGUUGAGCUUGUUGCUGGGAGAGAAAGUGCCAUCGCCCAGGUUCUUAGAACAGUUCCCAACAAGCUCUACAGUCUCUCAUUCACCAUCGGUGAUGCCAGGAAUGGCUGCCAUGGAUCAAUGAUGGUUGAAGCAUUUGCAGGGAAGGACACUUUGAAAGUUCCUUUCAAGUCACAAGGAAAAGGCGGUUUCAAGAAUGCUAGUUUCAAGUUCAAAGCAAUUUCAUUCAGGACCAGGAUUACAUUCUACAGUUCUUUCUACCACACCAGGACUGAUGACUAUGGUGCUCUUUGCGGACCCAUCCUAGAUGAAGUUAAGGUUUCCCCUAUUGCCUAGAAACUUUUAUAACCUUAGAGAGAUUGUGCAAUCGUUUCAUUACUGCGAGUUUUUUUUUGUAUAUUCGACCGAUGUUUUACCAUU